UUAAUAUAUCCGGUGUUGAUUUGUAUGCUCACGGAGCGCUCGAAGAUGGAUUUGUUUGGCGACUUACCUGAACCAGAAACCACACCCAGUAAAACUUCUACAGUAAGUCUCUAUGACGAUGUUCCUGAUAAAAAUGACUGCACUUGUGCUCCAGUGUUAAAGAGAACAGAGACUGAGAAUGAUCACAAAAGAAAAGUGGAGGGAGACCCCAAGCUUUCUGAAGAGAAACAUGCAAAGUUAAAAACUUCUGUUAGAUAUAGAUUGUCUCCCUUCUUUGCUGAGCGACAAGGCGAGAGAGAUGAGAUGCAGGAUGAGCAUGUAUUGAUAGAAGACAUGACACAGCAGAUUCCAAACCUUCAUCCGUCUGUGUAUCGGGUUGCCUUUUUUGCAGUCUACGAUGGACAUGGUGGGGCAAGGGCUUCUAGGUUUGCAUCCAAGAAUUUGCAUAAAUUUCUUCUGGAUAAGUUCCCAAAGGGUGAAGUAUCACAAGUUGAAAAAGAAAUGAAGAAAACUUUAGUGGAAACAUUCAAGAAGACAGAUGAUGAAUUUUUGAAAGAGGCAACAAAAAUAAAGCCUUCCUGGAAGGAUGGAACAACAGCUACAGUUAUAGUUAUUGUCAAUGAGACCGCCUUCAUAGCCUGUCUCGGGGACAGCCAGGCGGUACUGUGUAGAGGAAAGGAAGAUAACUCCUACAUUCCAAUUCCCUUGACAACAGAGCACAGUCCCUCUGUGUAUGAGGAGAGAAUCAGAAUACAGAAAGCGGGCGGUCAUGUAAAGGAUGGUCGAGUGCUGGGGGUGCUGGAGGUGUCACGCUCCAUUGGAGAUGGUCAGUAUAAGAAACUUGGCGUGUCGUGUAUACCUGAUGUGAAGAAAUGUCAGUUGACGGACCAAGAUAGGUUUAUUGUUUUGGCAUGCGACGGACUGUGGAAGUGUUUUUCAUUCAGCGAAUGCACCCGUUUCACGAACAGCAUUUUAGAGGAUGAGAGCAUUCAGGAGACAGAUGAGAAGACUGCAACAGAGAUUCGUUGUGUGGCAGCCUGUCAGAAAUUGGCUAACGAAGCUGUGCUUCGACUCAGUGCAGAUAAUGUGACUGUGGUUUUAAUCUCAAUUGCCAAAACAUGAGGCAGCUUUAGGAAAGUGUUUCAGGAUUUCGAUUGAUGCAGCUUUUGACAUAUUUUGUUCAUUUGGAAAUGCAGGGAGGCCCAAAUGUUGAAUGAAUGCAGCAUAACCUAGGAGAAUUGUAUUGAAGAGAAAACAUGCAAAAUUAGGAAAUGACUAUUUUCUCAUUUGUUAUUUGCAAUGGUUAAUGCUGAUUCCUUGUUCACAAGCUGAGUUUUACCUGCAAUGUGUUAGCAGAGCCGAUAAAAAUCAUGAUGGAUGUUUGUGAUCGUUUUAUCUGCUUAGUGGGUAGCAGCUAGAUAACAUUAAACAAAUGAGAAGAUACUUGUUCCCAUUCAAAUGGAAUUUCGUAUUUGCUUGAUGUUUAUGUCACAUUUCAUUGAAAUGUGUUUGUUUUAUAAAAUAUGUCACAAAAUGA